AUGCAAGCUCAACGCAUCGAGACGCCGCCUCCCCGCCCUUCGCCUCCGCCGGCUGUCGUUGCUGAGGGUUCCCUCAAGAUCGACACCGCGGUCGCCGCGUCGCCUGCGCGUUCCGUUGAGCCUUCUCCCACCCAGACCCUCGGCCACUCGAGUCCUGAGCUCCCCCCGCUCCCGCAGCUCCCGUCGCUGGGCGGCAUCCCUCGCACGCCGCACACCGCCGCUGCGAAGCGGCCCGCCGACCAGUCGCACUUCUACACCGCCAGCUGGGGAUCGCCGUACCAGCAGCCGUCGCCCGAGUUCCACACCAAGUCCCGCCGCCACAACCGGGACACCUGGGCCCUCGACCCCGAGCCCGACGACGACGACUCGCCGCGCUUCGGCCUCGACCACCUGAUCCCCAACCGCCUCGAGGAGAGCGGAGAGCCCAAGCUCAAGUUCAAUCUCGAGCACCUGCUGCCCAAGCGCCUGCCGUCCUUCCUCACAAAGGACCCCGGCGAUCCCUCCACGCCCACCAAAGCCCCCAAGCUUUGGCCCGACUUGGCUGCCGACAAGACCCCAGUCCCCCCCGCCGCCGCCUCGUCGAAGCAGACCCCGCAGCUCUUCUUCCCGCGCGAGCCCACCGAAGGUUGGAUAAAGCAGUUUCUGACCGGUCAGUGGCAGUCGGAGAAGGCCAAUUGGUGGAGCGACGGCUCGACAGACGAGGACUCUGACGAAGGAGACGCGGGCGAAGCAUCCCAAGACGGCCAGACCAGGGUCAAGGACAAGCACCGGAAGAGCAAAAAAGGCCACAAGUCGAGGAAGAACAACCUCACCUUGAAGCAGGCUGACUUCUGGGCUCAUUUCGGCCAAAAGGGAAAAGAGACGUUUGAGAAGAUGCUGGCCUCACGGUUUGCGGAUACUCCGCCGGCGAUGGAUCGUCCCGCCCCGCAACUAGCACCAUCCCACCCCGAACCCGAGAAGGUGGAUGGCCAGGACGGCGAGUUGAAGACGGAGGUUCUUUUUGAUGCGGAAUCAAGAAGCCUCGCAAGCCGCGGCACCGAGGAGAGGAGCGUAGAAGAGAAGCCACCCCGGCCGAUAUCGAAGGACGGGCCGCCGCCGCCGCCCAAGGCUCCCUCAAAGGCUCCCUCGCCAGUCAACGAUGCCCCGCCGCCGCCGCCGCCCAAGGCAGCCGAACCCACGCCCAUGCCGGCGCCGGUUAAGGCCGCCGACCUUCCCCCGAAACGGCCAAAGAAGCGCGUGCUUUGGAGAAACAGGAACAUUGUCAUCCAGAUACCGUACGAUCGCGAAAGAGGGAAGGAGGGCGGUCCGCCACGGCCUCUGACGUGGGAAGAGGUGGAAGGCCGCCUGAAGCAGUUCGAGGAAGCGGGGUGGAGCGUUCAUGGCUUCGAUACCAGCGACGAUAACGGCUUCGUCUCUAAUGGCCUUGCUCAAAACCGUGAGAUUUGGCCAGACCCUGCAGACGAGACACAUCAAUGGCGCACAACGCAUACCACCCGUGUUUCGAUACCUGACAGAGCUGAAUGGGACAGAUAUGUUGCAUUUUUGACGGAGCAGAAAUUGGCUGCUCUGGGCGUGACCCUCGCGCCCGAAGAGGAAAUAGUAGAGAACCCAAUGUCUCGGUCGGCGUCGGCCCAGCAAUUUGCUGGUGGACCCGGCUUGGCUUUCUCGCCGCCACCUCAGUCGAUCUCUGUGGGUAGCCAAGGUUUCUCCACGUUUUCUGCACCCUUCUCGCUUCCUUCCGGCCCGUCUCCCGGUAUCCCGGGUCACAUGUCGAGGACGUCGAUCGCGUCGCCGAUUUCUCCAUUCGGAAACCAGAGGCCUAGCGGUCACCUUCACAGACAUUCGACCUUCGCUUCGCCGUCGAAUAUCCCUCAGCAGCAACCCACCCCUCCCGGACUGGCCAAUUUUUCGCCUUCGUUGUUCCUGGCGCAGAAUGGCGGGGCCCGCGGCGCUUCGCCUGCCAUUCCUACCAGCGCCCCGGCCCCUGACAUGAUGUCGCCUGUGUCGCCGUUCACUAACAAUGCCCAGAUACACGGCCAGUAUUCCUUCUCCCAGUCAACAGAUACUUUCUCGCAGAUGCAACAGCAACAGCAACAGUUGCAGCACCAGCUCCUCCAGCAGCAGCAACAGCAGAUCCUCAACAACAGGCCCCAUCUCACGCUGGAGGAAUUGCCUGAGGAAGAUGCUGAAGAGGAUCUCAGGCCUCAAACUCCGGCACAGACGAACAAUGGACCCGGCCCGAACAUUGUGGUUCCCACGCCACGCGGCAGCCACCGCCACAACAUCAGUGAGAACCUUGAAAGGGAGAUCCUCGAUGCUGAGUACCACCUCGAGGAGGCCAUUAACCGUCAGCUAGAUGAGGAUGGAGAGUUCGGCCCUGGCAACAGAUUUGGAAUCCACAGUCCUCCCAGCAAGCCAACUCAGACGAAUGGCAAUGCGACCAUGUGGCAGGGUUCUAAUGGCAUCCAACACCAGUCGCAGAACAGGCAGCAAAGCUUUGGCGGCCCCGGCUACCAUGGCCACCAUGAAGACGACGAAAGGACCAACAUCUCCGACGUUGAAACAAACCCCAGCAUCGAGGGUCAGAAUGAUCAGUCCACAGGUGUUUCGUCGUCGCACACCACUUUUGCAAGCUCCAACCUCAACACCAGCCAUCACGUCAGCCACUCUAGUCAAGGCUCUGCAACCUCCAAGCUCAACGUUCAGGCACCGGAAUUCAAGUUCCCCUCUGGACAGUCAUUCAAUCCAACUGCGCAGUUCAGCCCCAGCAGCGGCAACUUCACCUUCGGCCCUAAUUUCCAGUCCGAGCCACAGCAGCAGUCUGGCGAACAACGCCCUCCUCCGAGUCGGGGCAGCACCAAGCUUCAUGCUGCUGUGCCCAGCUUCGUUCCAUCCUUCAAGCUCGGGGGAUUGGGCUUGCCGCAGCCGCCGGUUGUUCCUUCCAUGCCCGCCAUGCCCACCUCUACUUUUGAUUUUGCUGCCCAAGGACCCGCGUUCAAGCCCGACGCCAACGCAUUCCAACCGGGUACUUCGCAACCCAACGGCUCCUCCCAGGAUUCCGGAAAGCUGUUCAACAUCGAUAUCCAAGAACAAGAUAUCGUCAAGCCUGCUAAGCGGAGUAAGGCGAUCCCGAUUGUCAAGCCGGAUCUUCAGCAACAGCAAAGGGAGCAGGAAGAAGAGGAGGUCUUCGACGAGCAAGGUCGCGCUAUGCAGGCCGAGUGGCGGCAGAAAAGGGCCCGCCAGAACGCUCAUGAGGGUGAUUCUGAGCCAAUGUUCGCCACUCCCCGUGUCGUUCCCUCGAACGCUCCUCCGCAGCCGCUUGGAGAUGCGGUGCAGUCGCAGAACUUGGGCUACAAGGAUAGGAUCAGCCCUAUACCCGAGGGCAAAGAGAAUCAGACGCCAACACCCAAUGGAAUUCAGCGCCAGGCAACUCCUUUCAAGCCACGGGGCCCGCAGCAGCAGAACGAGGGUUACAACGUCGACUACAACAGAGGUCACCGCACCAACCAGAACAGCAUCGACCUUAACGAGGCACAGCAGCCAUUCGAUUUCAAGUUUGGCGUGCAUGUCACGAAGCCUUCGACGGACAUUCACGAGGCACAGCAGGCCGGCGCCGGUCUGCGCCAGUUCAACCCCAGCCCUGCUGUCACGAAUCCCAACAGCUACCAGCCCAGCGAGGGUGGUUCUUUCAUGACUGCCAUGGAGAAUGGUAAGAACCAGCCAGGAGACGCCGAUUAUGAAGACAGGCCUACUUUCAACGAGAUCGACGAGAUCAUGAGGGCCAUGAACGACCAGGGUUCCGAAUUCGGUAUCAUCAGGGAGUCCCCCCAAUGGUCCCGCUCGAGCCCGCCGCCCAGACCUGAGUCCAACUUGCAGCCCGCUCAAGCUCUUUUCAGAAACGAUGCGCCUAGCCCUAUCCCUCAGCAGAGGCUGUACGCACCUCCGCACAACGAUGGUGGUAAUUCGUCCGGUCAAGAUCCCUUCAGCGAUUCUAAAGCCGGAUUGGCCUACGAGUCACCUGUGCAUAGGCUCGGCGGCGACAACGUUGCUGUCAGCGACUGGGAUGACAUCGUUUCAACUGAAGAAGAGAACAAAUUUAAGUCUCGACGCGGUUUCUUCGAUUCUCGCGUUGACGGCCUUAUCGACAAUGUACUGCAGAGCCGCCUGGGUCCUCUUGAGAGGAGCAUUCACACUAUCAAGGACUCGAUAUCUGCCAUUGCCAUGAUGCGUGCCGGGCGUACUUCACGUCGUAGCUUCUCAGGCGAACCUGGAGAAAGCGAUGCUGACGAUGAGGACGACGACCUCGCAUCGCAACACCGCAACCGCUCGCCAGGCAAGAAUCGUAAGCUUGAAAAGAUCAAGACCGCUGUUGUGGAGGCCUUGUCUCAGGCUACCAUGCCUCCGAUGCCGUCGAAGUCGCCUGGCAUCGACAUUGCUGAAUUCUACCAAGCUCUUGCAGACCUGAAGAUGUCGAUCGCUCGCUCUGCUGCCACCGGCCAACUUGAUGAUUUCCGUGAGAUCAUGGAAGAGGCCCUCAACCGUCAGAGCUCGGUUCUUUCCCAGAAGAAGCAGCAGGAGGCUAACGCGGAAGCUGUGGCUCGCAUCGCAGAAUUGGAGAGGACGGUUGACGAGUUGCAACAGCGCAUGGAAGUCACGAUUGAAAGCCGAAAGGUUGCCGAGCGCUCUGAAGAUGACGCCCAACGCAAGCUCGCCCUGACCGAAGAAGAAUUGCUUCUCCUUCGCGCCCAAGGCCGAGAUGAUGCUAACAAGAUCCGGGCUCUGAACGAGGAAGCGCAUGAACUGAAGAUGAGGCUCGGUUCCUCUGAGUCCUCCCAAGAGGAACUCCGCCGGCGUCUCGUCACGCUUGAAACGCAGAACGAAGCGCUCGAGGCUACUCUUGAUGAGUACCGCUUGUCCAGUAAGAAGUGGUCGGAUGAGAUCAACAAGGCGAACGAGGAUAACGAGACGCUCCGCCGUUCAAUCAGCACCCUAGAAUCCCAGAACCAGGAGUCCAUCCGCGGCCGCGAGAAGAUGCGCCAUAGACUUGAGCAACUGCAGAAGGAUUUGGUGGCGGCUACUAGCCAAGUCGCUGACGAGAAGGCUCGCUGGUCCAGGCAGGAGGAGGAGCACGUCAAGAAAUACGAGACUCUUCGUGCCAGGAUCGAGGCCGAGGCUCGCACUCGCGAGAGGUUCGAGAGGGAGAUGGAGAGGCUUGAGGGCCAGGAACGCGAGGGCAUGCGCCUAAAGGUCAUCUUGGAGCAGACCCAGAGACAUAAUGCUAGCAUGGAGGAGGCCAUGAACAAGCUCCGUGUGGAGAAUUCCGAAUUCCAGAAGAGGGCCGAGCGCUUUGAGCGCGAGUUCCAUGAGUCGAGGGAGAUUGCUCGCGCAGAGAUCAAGCGCACCCGCAUGGUUAUGGAGGCCGAGCUCAACGCUGCCAACAACCAGGUCAACAUUGUGCGCUCCGAGCUUGAGAGCGAGAACACCAGGCUCCGCAAUGAGAUCGACCAGCUCCGCAUGGACCGCGAUACGGAGAAGGCUAGGCAUGAGCUUGUGCUUGAGGGUGAAGCUGAUGCUAAGCGCGAUGCUCUUCGGGAGGCUCACGAUGGCAGAGACCGUGCCCUUAGAGAACAGCAGCACCGUUACGAGAAGGCUAUGGAGGACCAGCAACAGCGCUACGAGAAGACCAUGGAAGACCAGCAGCAUCGGUACGAGAGGGAGAUUGGCAUGCUCGAGAAGCGCUUCGCCGAGAAGGUCGAGGACCACCAGCAACGCUACGAAAAGACGAUCGAGGACCUCCACCGCCAGCACAACCGCGACUUGGCCAACGCCAUUGAGGACAAGCAGCACAACGAGCAGACCCUCAAUGACCGUCUUGCACUCGCCGACGAGAAGGUGGAAUUCCUACAAGACAAGGUUGUCCACCUCGAGGAGAAGCUUGAGGUUGCCAAGUCUGCGGCCCAUGCCGCUGCCGUUGCCGCUCAGUCAGCCAAGACUCCCACUCUUCCUUCCGAGACCGUUCUGCCCAGCGCUGCAGAGAGGGUGUCGCCUCAGGCUCUCCGCGAGUCGAUCGCCGUUCUCCAGGAACAGCUACAGGAGCGCGAGGAGCGCAUCGAGGCUCUCGACCAGAAACUGUCCGAGUUCGAUGGCGACGCUCCGCAGAAGCUCAAGGAGAAGGAGACGGAGAUUGGCUGGCUGCGCGAGUUACUCGGUGUUCGCGUCGACGACAUCACCGACCUCAUCGAUGCUCUAGCACAGCCCGCUUUCGACCGCGAGCAGGUCCGCGACGCUGCCAUUCGCAUCCGCACCAACCUGCAAAUGGAGCAGCAUGAGAAGGAGCGUCUCAUCUCGGGCGGCCAGACCUUCCCCGCUCUGGCAAGUCUUUCCAACUUUGCCUCGCCCAAGGCUGCCCAGCUUGCUGCUGCUAUCGGCAACUGGCGCAAAGGCAGGGAGAAUGCCGGCGCCAGCAAGCUCUCGCGCUCUUCCUCAGCCGCCGACAACCACGAGCAGACGCCUUCCAAGGCCCCUAACCCCUCUGCAGGCUUCCUUGCUGGUCUCAUGACCCCGCCAGCUUCGCAACUCCGUCGCACCCCCACGCCUUCGACCGGCCGCCGCGCGCGUGAUCGCGAGUCUUUCUCGUCUUCUACCUCCGCCCGUGGCUUCCCCAUCCUAAGUAGCGUGUCACAGAGCAAGCAACGCACUGGCUCUUCUUUGAGCCACCACCACUUCGACCACCACCAACUAGCAACGCCGCCCGGCUCCCGCGGUGGAACCGGUCUCUUGACCAAGAGCGCGUACGACCACGACGCGCCUGACAGCACGUUCAGCCCGAGCCAGUUCCACUACGAUGAGGAAACGGACGGUGAUGAGGCAUACAUGUACCAGCAGCAACAGCAGCAUGAGCACGAUGUGAGGAUGAUGGACGGGAGGAUGGUGGAUGAGAGGUACGGGAUCGGCGUUGCAGUGAGUCCAGAUUUGGACGAAGGUAUUCACGUUGGCGCCGUGCCACAGCCUCAGAUGAUGCAAUUUGAGCCGUUUGGGCCAGGGUCAGGGUUCAGUCAUCAGGGUCACCAAUAA